UAAUAUUUGCGUAUAUGUGUAAUAUACCUCAAAAAGGCACUAUGAAAGAAGUUUGACCUUUUCGUGCUGUCUGUCACAUCUAUGACAUCUAUUUUAUUUAGAUAAAAGAUAGAACACAUUUAAACAAAAGAAGCUGACCCAACGAGACAGGCAAAUUUACAUUCCAGGUCUCCAAAAAUACAUGAAAACAUGAAAAGCCUUUUUUGUUGUGUUUAAGUGUUGUGGAAAGUAGAAAUUGAAGUGAUUUAGUGUUCAUUAAAAUGUGGUCAGAAAUUUCAGAUUGAUGACGAUUCAUAUCAAAUAUCAUGGCGAUCUGCUCUCCCCUGUAUAAGCUGCCUCGGAUCGAUACCAAAUUUUGCACAGCACUACUUUGCGGUCACAUGAGGUCUGCCCUUCCUCCUGUUCCCAUGGCAACGGGUAACCAAACAUUUCAAAGUCGGUGUCCCGUGAGCUGGAGCCAAUAUAAGUAGUACGCUAAUUUCUUUAAAAAACCACAUUAAUUAUUUGAGUAACCGAAAACUAUGAGACUUGCCUCGAGCUCCACGUCUUCUAGGGGCAAAAUUUACCUCGGCCGGUACCGCACACUGGCUCCCGGGUCUCGGGUGGAUGAAGAUCUGUUUGAGAACCAGAAAUCGUUUGACAAACGGGUAAAAUCAGCAGGUGUAGCAAAGGAUUGUUCAUGGAAGAACAAGGAAGGGGAGACUCUUCAAAUCAUCACCAAAGACCUCAUACGAAAUCUGCGGAUCCCCCAGAGAGAUCCUUCAAGAGAGUCCGUCUUACUUCCACCAGCUGAGUUUAAGCGGCUCACCUCAACAUCCUGGCUGCUCCUCAAGGAGGACAGAGAGGCCCUGAGGCAGGCUUACCAGAGGAAGAAAGAGGAGGACCUUAAAGCUGCAGAGGAAAGGAAGCAUAGGAUCCAUGAGGCAGACCUGUCCCGUAAGCAGAACCAGCCACUGACUGAGCUGGAGAUUGAAGCCCGGGAACGUGCACAGCGCCUGGUGGAGCGGAGUAAUGCUUUAAGGAUGGAACAGGAAGAUGAGAUCAAACAGCUCAACCAGCUGAUUUUAGGUGCUCAGUGCCAAGCAAAGCGUGACUACCAGAUCCAGGAGAAGAAGCAGAUCCAGAUGGAGUUGACAGAGGAGGAAAGGCGUCUGGACAGCAUGAUGGAGGUGGAGCGCCGCAAGGCUCUGGAGAGUCUGGACAAGAUUGAAGAGCUGCGCAGGCAGCAGAGAGUCAAGGGAAGGCGGGAAAUUUGUGAUCAGAUCCAGAAACGCCUGGAGAACCGAGAAUUGGAGGAAGGCAAGAAAGAGAAAGAGAGUCAGCAGAUACGAGAGGACCAGGAGAGAAUGAACCUGGAGGAUCUGGAGGUGCUGGAGAAGAAGAGGAUGGAGCAACAGCUUCUGCAGGAGGAGAUCAAGCGCAUCAAUGCCGAGACCAUGUGGGCAAAGGAGCGAAGGAUAGAGGAGGAGAAGCUGGCUGACAUGAGAGUGAAGGAGUAUCUCCUUAAAAAGCAGGAGCAGCAGGCAGAAUACGAAGCAGAGCAAAGACGAAUCAAGAAGGAGAAAGAAUUGGAGAUUGCUCGUUUGAGGGCCCAGCAAGAAAAAGAAAAAGACUACAAGGCUGAGCAGGAUGAGCUCCGUGCUCGCAGGAACCAGGAUGCUGCAGAGAGAGAGUGGAGGAGAAAAGAGAGGGAGCGGGCUGCAAAGAAAGCGCAGCUGGAGGCGACGCUGAGAGCGGCUCACAUGGAGCAGGUUCACUACAAAGAGCGCAAUCUGUCAGUGGAGGCGAGUCGGGAGAAGGCAGAGUUUGAGAGGCUGCUAAAAGUGCAGCAGGAAGAAAUGGUCAAAGAGCAGGUGCAAAACGACAGGCAGCAUCACAAAGUGCAGCAGCACGUGCAGGCCAUCCACCAGCAGAUGAAGGAACGCGAGAUCUUAGCCACAGCUAAGCGCAAAGAGACCUUCAAGGAGGCCAAACGGUUGAUGGAGGAAACCCGGCAGAGACGUCUGCGCCUUGAUGAGCUCAAACAAAAGAAGCUCCAGGAGCUCAAGGCUACAGGAAUCUGUGAAAAGUACUGCAAUCAGGUGGAAAGAAAGGUCCAGACCUUGAUGAGCUGAUCACCUGACCACUGGAUUCAAACGAGAACAAGCGAGAAGUUCUCAUCUGGUCCCGCCAUUGUAUUUACAGUCUAGUUUAACAUGUUUCAAUCACAAAUGUGGGUUAAAAUGUAAAGGAAUGUAACAAUAAAGACUAAUAGUUUACUAGUAUGGAAAA